CUCCGUGAAAUGUGCGCAAUUACUCUGGUCAAAGCCUAGAAUGUAGGUAGGAAAGAGGCCACUGCACAUGAGUAUAUACGCACGGAUCGUGCAUGUUUCCCCCAAGCCAAGACCAUGGAUGCAGACAUAUGGCCAGCUUUGUAACGCUGUCGGUCCCCAGCUGAGACAUUUGGGCUACCUCAAGCUUGACACCGGUAGAAACUUCAACAAGACUCGUCUCUGCGUAUGGUGCCAUGAUGGAAGUGAGAAGGUCUUGGGAGGUGCCGACGGCUUACAGGUCGAUAAUCCGUGGCGAGCAGCCAACUACUUCUCGACUUCGACAGAUGGCAAGACAACUCCUCCCCGUCCCACUCACCGAGACAGUGAUCACCAAUGGAAAAGGCCAACGUCGGAGCGCAACCGUUCCAUGUCAUUCUCGCGUUCCUUGCCUCGCUCUUCUUCAGCAAGGAGCUCCCCUUCUAGAGAUGGCUAUCCCGACGAGCGUGAAGCUGAAGACCUAGACGAGUACAAUAGUCUGUUCAGCUACUCUUCUGAGUUCCUUGCUGGCAUGCUGUGUCCUAAUACGUCCCUCUGCCACCAAAAGUUCGAACUCAUCGUGGACGACCUUGUCUUUUUGGGUCAUCCUGUAUGCGUAGAAAGUGAUGGGUCAUGGAGUUUUAAACCGGAAAAGGCCAAGUCGAGCUCGAGAGGCCGUAGGAAUCAGGAGCUCAUUCCCAUUGAUGACGAAAAGUCUGAGCGGUCCGCAGGCACGGCUCAGGAGCAACUCCCUCCGCAAAUGCGUAGCGCAUGGCUUCAAAUGUUUCACUUCGUCAUCGUUCUAGACUUGCCUGACCCUUCGUCUUCUGCAUCUGGCAACGUUGCAAAGUACUUUGACAUCAUAUACGAGCAGAUUGCUUUUACAGUCACUGCGGUGCUCUUCCAGGAACAAGUUCUUUCGAAUUUUGUCGAGACCGAAUGCGAUACAUUGUAUGCCUUGAAGGACGAUUGCAUGGACAAAGAACGCGAGUACUCCGAGUUCAGCGCGCAGGCGCUUCAAGUUUCCUCCAUUGCUCCGGCUAUGAAACUGCUCUACGAAGCAAUCAAGUCCUCUACCAUGGCAUACAUAACCCUUCAUGAUCUCCCACUCGAACUCCAGCUUCCUCCGUAUCUCGAUCAGCUUCUCCACAGCGAAGAAGAGUACACAUACGAUUUCUUGGAUCACCAGAUAGAUCCAGAUGAACCAACGCGAUGGGGCCCCCAGUUUGAUGUUGGCUGGCGGCUUCCCAGCCUAGCGCCUUGGAAGAGCUUGCUCCUGCUUGAUAAUGAGGAUGGCUUGGACCCGUACGAAAACUUGAGGGGCCCUCACGUACGCCCUGAUGAAAGGGCAUUGGCAGAAAGUUUGAUCAGGUUCCUUAAAACUGCCUCAGUCACUCUAUCACUGGCUGAUAUGGCAACGCUUCUGGACUGGGACCUUGAGCUCCAGAUUUAUCCUACCGUGCGCUGGCUCGUCCUUCAUAGACGGGCUAAAGUCGUGGACACGGUCCAUCGAGAGUUGAAGACCAUAUUCACGCUCCCUCCCAAAUUCGAGCAGCCACUCGCGAAACUAUCCACCCAAUUCAAAAUUGAGUUCCCUCACUCUUUCAUUCCACCUCUGCCAGCUUUACUCGCGACAAUAUCAAAUGCAUCAUCGAAACAGACCGACAACCAUUUCUUUGCCGUCGUUGUUCAGUCCAAGGAGCUUAUCCCCCUCUAUCACGAAGUCGUCCUGUGGAUGCUGAAGCGCGACUUGUUGUAUGCGCUUCACCUUCACAUACGCGUCAUUGCUCCCUCUGAACUCAAGAUACGUGUCCGGUAUACACACGAACGAAAGAUGCAGCGUCUCAUCGGGAUGCACCCACGAGGUCGUAGCAACAGCCGGAAGAUUUCGGCGGCGUCUCAUGGCAUAUCCCAGUAUCUCAAGGAAGAGAUGAGCAGACGGGUGAACCAUCAGUGGUACUCUAGGCGCCUUUUAUCCAGUGAUUCACGACAUAACAACCCCGCUGAUCUCUCAGCCUCCUUGUUUACGGAGGAAGAAGAGUAUGCGAUCGAUGACGAUGAAGAAUCUGACGACGAUAAUAUCGACUGGGGGCCCAGUGAGGACUGUCAGUACCCGUCACUUAUUAGUGAUCCUGCCACCGCUUCGCCGUUGGAACGGAAGUGGCUCAAUGCCAUGUCAGAAGGCAAGCCACAAUACAUCAAGAAGCGGUUCGACCUCAUCAACCAGUAUUUCGAUGGCAAGAAAGCUGAUGACGAGAUACUGUACCGAGCUGAGAUAUCCAGGAAGCAGCUUCGUGAAGUUUUGCAUCAUUACGAAGACUACUUACAGACUUUCCUUCACCCUUCGUGAUUUAUUUUUUGAGUAGCAAGACAGAUUGUAUCUUGGAGGCGAAUCAGCCCAAGGCAUGCACAGGCUUACAGCAACUAGGCACGAUCACGGUGCACCCAUCCCAGCAACCGUUCUGCCCUGCUACAGUCGUAGAAGGUCCCUUUCUGACUCUCGACCCAGCCUUCUCUGAUAGGCACGUCGGGGAAGUACCGUUUCUUCAGCUUCAACCAAUCUUCGCCACCGGGGACGGCAAUGCUGGGCGCCACUAUGAAAAACCUCUCGUGUCCCACCCACUUCUCUUCACUCGAGGUCACCCCUCUUACAAAUGCCUCCGCACCGGAGUCUUCCUGCACGUAACACCAUAGAUCUCCCUUCGCCUUUGCGUAAUCCUCCUUGAACACAUCCCUUCGGGUGGGAACGGACGCAUGUAGACGAAUACUUGCUAUUCGCAUGGAUGGAUACCUUCGUAUGAUCGUGUCGGCUUGCAGCUCAAUGAUCCUGCGGAGCCAUUUUAGAUAUCAGUACGCGCCUGAAGGAUUGCGUUGGUAAAUCACAGCUUUGAAAGUCCAUAUGGCUCGUCCGGGAGACAGGGGUGAUUUUCAUCGAUGGGAAAGUACUCGAACUUUGGUUCGACGCUAU